UCUGCCCCAUGCUUACGGGAGGGACCCCCCAUUCCCUGCAGGAGGGACGCCCAGGACCCCCCAGCUCCUUGCAGGUGGGAUCCCCCCCAUUCCUUGCAGGAGGGAAUCCCAGGACCUCCAGCUGCUUCCAAGAGGGUGUCCCCCCUCCCCAUUCCUUGCAGGAGGCACCUCCAGGAGCCCCAGCUCCUUGCAAGAGUGUUCCACCCGUUCCUUGUAGGAAGGACCCUGGGAUCCCCAGUUUCUUGCAGGAUCCCCCCUUCCUCCCGAUUCCUUGUAGGAGGGACCUCCAGGACCCCCAGCUGCUUGCAUGAAGGACCUCCUGUUUUCCUGCAGGAGGCUCAGCCCCCGCCCCCCCCAGCUCUUUGCAGGAAGGAUGGUUGGGACACUCCCCUGCACCUUGUGGGAGGGAUUCCCCCCCGUUCCUUGUAGGAGGUUUCCCCCCACCCCUAGCUCUGGGAAAGAGGGGUGGGCUGGGACACCCCCCACUCAUUGCAGGAGGGAUCCCAGGGACGUUCCCUACUUCUCCCCCACACCAGCAUCUUGCAGGAGGGACGCCAGGGGCACCUUGGACAUCUUCGCCCCGGCUACUUGUAGGAGAGAGCCCUCCAGACCCCAAAGUCAUCCCAGAAGGGACCCCUGCACCCCAUCUCCUGGGAGGAGGCACCCAGCACCCUGUGCUGGGGCUGGAGGAUGCUGCAAGGGUCCCCUGUGUCCCCUCUGCCGCAGUGCCGGGGGGUCCCCACUGCUCUGGCUGUGGAGGCAAGGCCAGUGUGUGCCCAGCAUCCCUGGCCGCGCUGCGUGCCACCACGCACGAUGGAGCAUGACUCUGCCAGUUCAGCCCCCGGCCCCGGACUGACAGGGUGGCGAGAGGGGGGGGGCAAGCUGACAGCAAGGAUGGAGCCCUGGAAAUUUCCAGGGGGAGACAGCAAUGGGGGUGGCUCUGACCACGGUCAUGCUAGGAUGUGCGUACGAUGCCGGAAAGGACGGCUUCAUUGACCUGAUGGAGCUGAAGCUGAUGAUGGAGAAGCUGGGGGCACCACAGACCCACUUGGGCCUGAAGAACAUGAUCAAGGAGGUGGACGAAGACCUGGACAGCAAACUCAGCUUUCGGGAGUUCCUGCUGAUUUUCCGCAAGGCGGCGGCAGGGGAGCUGCAGGAGGACAGCGGACUGCACGCCCUGGCCCGGCUCUCCGAGAUCGACGUCUCCACGGAGGGGGUGAAAGGUGCCAAGAGCUUCUUCGAGGCCAAGGCGCAAGCCAUCAAUGAGGCCAGCCGCUUUGAGGAGGAGAUCAAGGCGGAGCAGGAGGAGAAGAAGAAGCAGGCGGAGGAGCUGAAGCAGAGGAAGGCGGCCUUCAAGGAGCUGCAGUCCACCUUCAAGCAGUGAUGGGGCCAGGGCCAGGCAGGACUGGUCUGCGAUGCCCAGGAGUGUUCUGUGUGGGAUGUGCCGAUGGUGCCGGGAGCAAUGCCUGAGCCGUGUGCUGACUGUGACCCUCCCCCCCCUGGUCUGGGCUACCAGCGGGCUCCUGGCCUGGGCUGGGUGCAGCGGCAGAGCCCAGUGGUCCCCAGCUUCCCCUCCCCUUGCUGUGGUGUCUGUAGGUGUUGUUUGUGUCCCCCCCCAAGCCCCCAGCGUCCUCUUCCCCCCCCCCGAGGGGCAGCAGCACCCUGUCUCCUGCCCGUAGCGGUGCCGGGGGGUUCACUGCUGCUGAAUCCCGGGGGUUCUGUGCUGGGGACGCUGCCUGUCCCCGGGAUGUCACGGUGAGAGUUGCAGGAGCCACGGUGGCCGGUGUGGCAGCUAUGGUGGCUCGGUGGCCAUGGGCAUGGCCGAGGGGUGCCAGAUAUCCCAGUCCCCUCCCUCCCUGAUGCGCCGUGGUGGUGAAAGAUGGGGGGGAGCGUGGCAAGACCCCCUCCAUGGUGCCACGCGUGCCUGUGUGUGUGACAGCAGGUGGCAUGCUUGGGGCUGGGGGGGACAGCCAGCGGUUGCCCGUGCCUGUCUGUAUUUUGGGUAAAGGUGUACAAAAAGGGCAGCCACUGGCUUGCAAAACUGUAUUUUUUAUUUUUUCCUGUCAUAUUUAGCCUCAGAGGGUGAGUGUUGUGGCCACGAGCAGUUCCCGAUGGUGGGUGGAGGCUCCCGUAUCUGUGGGUGCUGUAACGAGGCACGUCUGUCCCGUGAUGUCCCCCGAGUGGUGGUGCGGGGGGUGUGUAUGUGUAUCGUUUUUUUAUUUUAAUCCCAAAUAAAUAUUAUAUUUCGUAAGAA